GCCGGGGGACGGGACGCUGUACCUGUCGGGCUCCAGUGGCCUUUCUCCGUUUCGUCAAGGGGCGCGGGGCUAACGGAAACACUUUGUACCAGAAGUCAGGAGUCAUGGCUUCUAGUCCUUCACUGCCUCUCACUUGUGGUUAGAACAUGUUGGCUCGUGUUAGAUACCUGCUGGCCGUGUGACUUUGGUCAAGUCACUGCUUUCAGCCAGUUUUCUCAUCUAUAAAAUGGGUAAAAUAGUUCCUACUUCACAGGAUCGUGGCGAGAAACAAAUGAGUAAAUACGUGGAAAGGGACUUAGCACGGAAUGUGCUCAGUAAACAGCAAAUUUUCUUACCGCGAUUAUUUGUUUUCUUCACUUACUGUGCGUCACAAGCAUUAAGCAGCGUCUACCAAACUAUAUAGCUGUACAGCCAAAUAGUACCUAGAUGAAAACCCGCCAUUCCCAAGGAGCUUUCGUGGAUUAACUCCUCCAGCGCCAGUCCCUUUAAACCCUCAUGCUGAGGAGGCUGUAUGUAAACAUGCCAAGAAGAAACAGUUCUACAGAUGACGUUUUCAUAAAACCCGUUGCCGUUGAGUCCAUUCGUACUCGGAGCGGCCCUACAGGGCAGAGUAGAACUGCCCCAUAGUUUCUAAGGAGCUCCUGGUGAAUGUAAGCUGCCGACCUUAAGGUUAGCAGCUGUAGCAACCACUAGCCACCGGGGUUUGGGACCUUUUUUUUCAUAGGCGGGUUUAAAAUACAGGUUCCUUACAAGUCGUAUUACUUUUUUGUAUAUGCCUUCAGUAUAGAAACUGUAAUAAGUGAUACCAGUACAUGUUCAAAAUUAAAAUACUACAAAAUAGUGAAAUGUAAUUCUUCCCUCCACCUGUUUUCCAAGUUCCGAGUCACUUCUGAGGCAAUAGAUUCUAUGAGUGUAUCUCCCUCCUGCCUUUUUCCUUUUUUAAAAUGAAGAGUAGAAUAUUAACAUGCCUUUUUUCACUCCACGAUAUAUUUUGAUCUUCACUCCUUAAUACAUACAUGUCUGAUUCUUUUUUUCUUUAAAUGAGAAUUUUAUUCAGUAAUUUUAAAAAAUACUGUAUUUUUGGUGACUUAGUAGUUGAGUGCUACAGCUGCUAACCAACGGGUCGGCAGUUCAAAUCUGCCAGGCGCUCCUUGGAAAUCUAUGGGGCAGUUCUACUCUGUCCUAUAGGGUCGCUAUGAGUCAGAAUAGACUCGACAGCACUGGGUUUGGUUUUUUUUGGUUUAUUUUUGGUGAAAGUAUAUACAGCAACAUAGGUUCUCAUUCAACAGUUUCUACACAUAAUGUUCAGUGACUGUUACUGAUUGAGUUGCUUCCCCCGAAAAUGUGUGUAAACUGGGCUAGGCCACAAUUCCCAGUAUUGUGUGAUUGACCACCAUUUUGUCAUCUAAUGUGGUUUUCCCACAUGUUGUAAAUCCUAACUCUGUGAUGUUAAAUGAGGUGGGAUUAGCUGCAGUUACGUUAAUGAGGCAGGACUCAAUCUACAAGAGUAGGUUGUGUUUUAAAGCCAAUCUCUUUUGAGAUAUAAAAGAGAGAAGUGAGCAGAGAGACAUGGGGACCUCAUACCACCAAGAAGGCAGCACUGGGAGCAGAGCGUGUCCUUUGGACCUGGGGUUUCUGAGCAGAGAAGCUCCCAGACCAGGGGAAGAUUGAUGACAAGGACCUUCCCCCAGAACCAACAGAGAGAGAAAGCCUGGAGCUGACACCCCUCGAGCUGGCACCCUGAAUUUGUACUUCUAGCCUCCUAGACUGUGAGAGAAUAAAUUUCUCUUUGUUAAAGCCAUCCACUUGUGGUAUUUCUGUUAAAGCAGCCCUAGAUAACUAAGACAGUGACAUUGGUUAUAUUCUCCAGUUUGUGCCAACAACUGUCUAUGUAACCAGACUGUUCCAGGUCUGCUCGGUGUGGCCACAGAGACACGAAAUGGGUGAAAGCAAAAGAAGAAGCUUUAUUUGUUUGGCCAAGCAAAGGAGUACACUGGGACUUUCAUUGCCAAGAUGGCUCCCUGAACAAUGGCCAAAACAAUAUUAGGGGAAGGAUCCUGGGGAAAGGAGCAAGGUCAUUGAUUGGUCUGGUCCAAAAAAGACGUUCUGGGACCGUUCUGUAGUCUGUGCUUACUUAUUCCAAAGCAGGUGGGGAGGUCUCUCAAACCAGAUCUUAGGCUCAGACCCUUCACUUCUGAAAGUCUUCCCCCAAUCUUAGGUGACUAAAGUUUGGUUCUGUCCGGCAGGAGAAAUGUUCUGGGGUCACCCAGAGGACGGGGUUGAUGGUUCUGCACGUGUCAGGCAGGCCAGAUUUGGUCUUAAUGGUUCUGUGGUCUGCAGACCCCAUCCUCUUGUCUUUCUUAUCUUGGGCAGGAAGCUAGAAACCAGUUAGAAGGGGAGGUGGUUCAUGAUACUCUACUGACAAGUUGAGGGUUCGUAAUGGUGCCCGGAGGCUGGGGUCUCAUUCCCUCCUUCUCUUUUCAGGAUUUGGGUGUUCAAUCCAAAUCCUGACUCUCAAUGAGGAGUAGGGACGAAGGCCAUACUUCUGUAACUGCUUCAACUGGACAGGGGUGCUGGCAUAGAACUGAAGUCUGGCUCGUACAGGUUCGGGGGGGAUGGGUCUGUAACCUUGAAGAAUAUACAGGCCUGAGGUCCUUAACUUUUUUCUGUAAAUUGCAUAAGUACUUGUAAGAGGCAGGGUCCAAAAAGGCAAAUGGCAAAAAUAAUUAAUACAGGGGUUAUUGGCCAAACCCAUUUGAGCAAAGUGGGUGCCCAACUACUUGCUGUUUCAGGGUUGAAAUGAGGAGACAAGAGGUUUUGCUUGAGCUUAUGUAGCCAAGUUGCUUGUUUGAAAAUUUCUUGGACCUUGGUUUCAGCUAGGCCUGAAGUGUUAACAUACAUGCAGCAAAAAGUAUUUUGGAGGGGGCAAAUGCCGCCUUGUUCAGCUUCUAUGACUUUUGUUAGGUUUCUUAAGAUGAACUCAUGUUGGACUAACCCAAUCCAAGGAAUAGUGAUACUGAAUGCUUUAGAAGUUCAUUCUACUACUUGUUCAAAAACACCUCUUCUGGCGGGAGGGACUUGUCUCCAGAACAAUCACAUUUGCACUGGGAGUUUGGGGAGGAGGGAGUACAAUUGUACCUUUGGCUGGGGGCCAGUGGUGCUAGCCGAAAAUGUACAGUUCCAGUUGUUUGAAAUGUAUUACAUUGUUGCUGGUUUUUUGGCCCAAUACAACACAUCGAUAAACAGCACUCCCUUACACUCUCCUAAUAGGAAGUACUGCGGGACUGCCUUUAAUUUUACAGGGAACAUGGGAGUGAGCCAAGUAUUGCUGAACGUGGCAUUAGGCACAGAACUGAAGUUAUUUAUGGUGAUAGCAACUGAAAGACUUGAAUCUUUAGUUCGUGGGUGGUGAUGACACACCCAGCAGUUUGUUAGUUGUCUUCCCUGGGCUGGAGCCUGAACUAGCUUAAAAUAAGGGACAAACUAACAAGUUAAGACCCACAUUUUCUUACUUAGAGCAAGGAGCUCCAGCAGCAUAAGUUUAGUCCGUUGGGAAGUAGCUUAAGGUUUCAAGAGUCUAUCAAGAGCAGGAAAAGUGAUUAAAUCCCCACAGCAGUAGGCACAGUAAGGACAAAAGGUAAAAGAUUAGAACAGAGCAAGCAAGAUAACACUUAUGCACCACAGAUCAUCCAUCAGUACCUGUCACUUAUCUGGAGUGUCUUUCUUUUUCUUGAAUAGCCACCGCAAGGCCGUUACUGGUUCAGCCUCCCCGUUGCUGUUGUUCUGUGAGGUCUGUUGUUCAAGGUCAGGUGUAGGAGCCAGUUUGAUUCUGGUGUGGUGAAUCUUGGUGCUCUCCCCGCUGACCUUCACAGCUGUGGGUAUGGACAUCAGCAUUUCAUAGGGACUAUUCCAGUUCUCAGCCAAGGCCUUAGCGCCCCAGGCUUUGACAAAUAUCCAGCUUCCAGGCUUGGUAGUGGAAUAGUCUGCCAGGUGAGACUGGCAUACCUGUGGAGAGACACAAAAGUUUUCCCUGCGAGACACAGGUACUGUUUUACAAACAGUUUACCUUGUUUAUGAAUACUGUCGCCCUCUAAGUCUCUAGUCACAGUGUUGUAGUCUAAAUCAGAGGCAUUAUAGUUAUGGAGCAAGGGACGCCCAUAAAUAAGCCCAAAUGGACUCACCUUUAACUUAGUUCUAGGAGCAACUCUUACCCUGAACAGAACCAUAGAGAGGACUUUAGGUCAACUUGGUCAUUUGACACGAUUUAGCUAGAUGUGUUUUAAUGGUCCAGUUGAUCCUUUCAACUUUUCUACUGGAUUGAGGCCUCCAGGCACUAUGGAACUGCUGCUCCAUCCCAAGGUGUGUAGCGACUAACUGAGUCACCUGGGCAGUGAAAUGGGGCCCUUUGUCGAUUUCAGUGACUGGGGCAAGCUGAAACGUGAGCUGGUGUAUAUGUUCGACCUUUUUGCCUUUGUCGGUCUCAGAGCCUGUAUCAUGGCGAACAGCUUAGCCUUCUGAGCUACCACUGGGGAGAGCGUUUGCCCCUAGAAUCGCAGUAGGGCCAACGAUUGCAUAGCCCACCUUGUGUUGUGUUCUUUCCAUGAAGUGGCUCCCAUUGUUGAAGAGCUUGAGAUCAGCAGUAGUCAAAGGCUGGUCCUAUAAAUCGGGGUAGCUAACAUAUACAAGAUCAACAGUUUGAACACAGUCAUGAGGUAUGGGGUCAUUAAGGGGCGGAGUAGGGAGGAGGAUAGCUGGGUUCAAAGUUGUGGUGGGUUGUAUCUGGAUGUUAGGAUUGUCCACGAGGGCAGCUUGGUAUUGGGUCAUUCAACUCUGGGAUAGCCAGUGACUGCCCCUUUGUUCUAGCACGGCUAAAACCCAGUGUGCCAUGUGUACUCACACCAGUGGUCCCAGAGUAAGCUUUUUGCUGUCUUUAAUAUGUGGACCAUUGUCGCAACCGCCUUUAAGCAAGCUGGCCAUCUGGUCAUUGAGUCCAAGGUUUUGGAAAAAUAAGCCACUGGAUGCCUCCAUGACAUUAAAUGCUGGAUGAGUACCCCUGCCACUAUACCUUGGCGUUCAUGAAUGAAUAAAUCAAAGGGCUUAUGCAAGUCAGGCAGACCUAGGCUGGGGCCUCCAUUAAGGCCUUUUUAACUUGUUCACAUGCUGCCUGUUCUCGGCCAGUCUAUACAAACGGAUCUGUUUUUUCUUUCAGAAGAGCAUAGAGGGAUUUGGUCAAUAGUCCAAAAUUAGGGAUCCAAAUCUUGCAAAACCCCACCAUUUCCAGGAACCUGCGGAGUUGUUGGCGGUUCCCGAGUAGGGGUCUCUGGGUGUUCAAACCAUUAACACACUCAACUGCUAACCAAAAGGUUGAAGGUUCAAGUCCACCCAGAGGCACCUUGGAAGAAAGGCCUGGUGAUCUACUUCCAAAAAACCGGCCAUUGAAAACCCUAUGGAACACAGUUCUACUUUGACACACAUGGGAUCACCAUGAGUCAGAAUGAACUUGAUGGCAACUGGUAAGGAGUCUAGUAGGCUAGAAGUCCAAAUUCAGGGUGUCAGCUCCUGGGGAAGUCUCUCUCUCUCUCUGUCGGCUCUGGAGGAAGGUCCUUCUCAUCAAGCUUCUCCACACAGGGACCCAGUGUCCAAAGGACACGCUCUGCUCCUGGCACUGCUUUCUUGAUGUCGACCAAGAUCUCCCCUAAGGACUGUGGAACAUUGGGCCGAAGCUUUGCCAUUGGCUGUUGCAGAAGGAGGAAGCAGAAUGUCUGCAUUGUUACACCAUAGAGUUCAAACUUCAGACGAUUUUGGAUUAAGCAGUCUCAUUUACUCUACGACAGAUUAUGUCUUCACCUGUCUUCUCUGAUGACCACAACUAAGGAAACACCUUUUAGAUCUUAUGAAUUCCGGCUGCACUGUUUUCCAGAUGCCCUGGUGGCUGGUUCAGGGCCUGUGAAAAAUGGAACCAAACUCUCUGAGGACUAAGGUCCCAGCUUUCUUAUCUGAUUUGGGGAAGGCCACAUUGAGAGGAAUCAGAAAGUGUCCUCGGUGCGGCACCUACAAUGGAACCCGGGGACUGAGCUGUAAGAACAAGACGUGUGGAACCAUCUUCCGGUAUGGAGCACGGAAGCAGCCGAGUGUUGAAGCUGUCAAAAUCAUCACAGGCUCUGACCUGCAGGUCUACUCAGUGCGGCAAAGGGACCGGGGCCCGGAUUACCGAUGCUUUGUGGAGCUGGGUGUUUCAGAGACGACAAUCCAGACGGUGGAGGGGACCAUCAUCACUCAGUUGAGCUCUGGACGAUGUUAUGUCCCCUCAUGCCUGAAAGCUGCUACCCAGGGUGUUGUGGAAAACCAGUGCCAGCACAUCAAGCUGGCAGUGAACUGCCAGGCAGAGGCCACCCCUCUGACCCUGAAGAGUUCUGUCCUGAAUGCAAUGCAGGCCUCUCCAGAAACCAAACAAACCAUCUGGCAGUUGGCCACGGAACCCACAGGUCCACUGGUACAGAGAAUUACUAAAAACAUUUUGGUGGUGAAAUGCAAGGCAAGCCAGAAGCAUAGUUUGGGAUAUUUGCAUGCAUCCUUUGUGCAGAAAAUCAGUGCCAAAAGCUUGCCUGAGCGCCGCUUCUUCUGCUCCUGCCAGACUCUGAAAUCGCACAAGUCAAAUGCCUCCAAGGAUGAGGCAGCCCAGAGAUGCAUUCAUUUCUUUGCUUGCAUCUGUGCCUUUGCCAGUGACGAGACAUUGGCUCAGGAAUUCUCAGACUUCCUCAAUUUUGAUUCCAGCGGUCUUAAAGAGAUUAUUGUGCCCCAGUUAGGUUGCCAUUCAGAAUCAACGGUACCAGCUUGUGAGUCUGUUGCCUCUAAGCCAAAGAAGAGGAAAAAGGAUGAAACAUCUGGCGCACAGACGAACAGUUCACUGUUGCCUCAAGAUGCCGUGAGCAGUAAUCUAAGGAAAAGUGGCCUGAAAAAGCCUGUGGUUGCUUCUGCAUUGAAAAGGCAAGCCUGCAGCCAGCUGUUAGAUGAGGCACAAGUGACCUUAUCCUUCCAAGACUGGCUGGCCAGUGUCACAGAACGCAUUCAUCAAACUAUGCACUAUCAGUUUGAUGGCAAACCAGAGCCAUUGGUGUUCCACAUUCCUCAGUCCUUUUUUGAAGCCCUGCAACAGAGAAUCUCUAUAGGAAGUGCAAAAAAACGGCUCCCCAACUCCACCACAGCAUUUGUUCGGAAAGAUGCCUUGCCACUGGGAACCUUUUCCAAGUAUACCUGGCAUAUCACUAACAUCCUACAAGUUAAACAAAUCUUAGAUACCCCAGAGAUGCCCUUGGAAAUCACCCGGAGCUUUAUCCAGAACCGAGAUGGGACUUACGAGCUGUUUAAGUGCCCUAAAGUAGAAGUAGAGAGCAUAGCAGAGACCUACGGCCGGAUAGAAAAGCAACCAGUGCUGCGGCCCUUGGAACUAAAAACUUUUCUCAAAGUUGGCAAUACUUCCCCAGAUCAGAAGGAGCCAACACCUUUCAUCAUCGAGUGGAUCCCAGAUAUUCUUCCCCAAUCCAAGAUUGGUGAGCUGCGGAUCAAGUUUGAGUAUGGUCACCACCGUAAUGGGCAUGUGGCGGAAUACCAAGACCAGCGGACCCCCCUGGACCAGCCCUUGGAACUGGCCCCCCUGACCACCAUCACUUUCCCGUGAGGCAAAACAAAAGCGUCUUAUGCUGCUAAAUUUGCACAUCCCCACCCCUUGACAACUUUAAAUACUCAUUAAGCACUUAGAUGGCCCUGUUCCUUAGUAAACUGCUCUUCAUUAAGAUGCAACUUCUGAAAACAUUCAGGUGGGUUCUGCUGAAGAAAAUACUUUGUAAAUAGCCUUUGUGGUGCUGCUGUGUACAGUCUUCAUUAUAAGUUAGGCAGUAUUCCUGCAAGAGUUAUAAAAGGAAGAAGAAAACCAGCUCACUUUCCCUCUUACGGACUCUUUCAACCUUUUUCUAAUUCUCUUUCUAAGAGGUUAGCGGUACUCAACCUUACACCAACAGUGUAGGAAAGUUACUUAUACCCUAGUUAGGGCAGAAUGUUACGGACCAUCCUGGCACAGUUACAGCGUGCCCUUUAUUUUGUUCUCAAAUAAAGCACAGUGUCACUACUUUUUCCAAAUCGCAUGUUGACCUGUUUAUAAAACUGUAGACCUUCAUGGGGGUUUUAGUUAAUAAUGAAACGGAGAAAGAGAUUCAGGCGUCAAGGGGAUAUUGACAUUUCAAACUAAUGUUUAUAUAAUUGUUUAUUCACUUGACAUUUAAUUUGUUCCUCCUCUUGUCCCGAAAAAGUUUAACAGCUAGUAAAAUUCAGUUCCUGUUUCUGAGCUCAUUAUUACACACGGAAUAGAGAUACUGAAAGACAGAGAAUUGGAAACCUAUCUUCAAGGAGAAAAGAAGGAAAAGAAUAUUUCCUACACAUCUACUAUGUGCCAGGCACUUUCAUUUACAUUCUUGCUUCAUCAUUUUCCUUAUUUAAUCCUCAUUAUUCUUUUGAAUUUUUAGGCACUACCCCGCCUUUAUGAAGUUAAACAGCCUCUCUGAGGUUAGGUAUGUUGCUGGAGACAGCAUUAAAAAUAAUGUUUAGUGUUACUCCACUUUAUCAUGCUGCUUUGAUAUAAACUGCUUAUAAUUCAUUGUAUUUAAGAAGACAAGAAAAAUCCACAUGAAGCAAGCUCUUAGUCUUCUUUCAGUUGCAAAUGAUAGAAACCCAACUCACACCAGUUUGAGCAAAAAUGGGAAGGAAUGGCUGAUUCAUGGAAUCCAAAGCAGGGUUGGACAGCCACUGUGGGGCAGAGCUGGGGGUAGCUAGGCCUCUGGAUGCCUCAAGCCAGGGCCCAUCUGACCCAUCUCUGCCUUUCUCUGGGGCUUCAGUUACUUUUUGCACAGAGCAGCUCCUUUUUGUGGUAGGAAUUCUGGCUCCUGAAGCUCCUGAAUGUAUGGCUUGCACACUGGAGAAGGACUGACUACUCUCUCUCUGAUCCAAAUAGCAAAGUCCCCGAGAAGGGCUCUCAUUGGCCUAAUUUGUGAUGAUGGCAUAUUCAGUAGAAGUGGGAGCCAGGCCCCUAAAAGAGAGGGAUGGGUAGGCAAAUUAACUGUUGUCCACCCUGUAUGAUUGAGUGGUUAGCUUGUGUGGAAGGCUCAUAAAAGCUUUAGACAGUGGAGAUCAUGGAGGAGAAUCCAGGAAGAUCCAUGGAGAAGGCAGAACUUGCACUGGGCUUUAAAGGAGAAAAAGGGUUUGGAUAAGCAUGGAAAAGAGGAGAAAUUAAAACUAGGUGAGGCAGAGGACCUGCCUAAGAAGCAAGAAUACCCAAGGAAGGACAAUGGUUGGCCCACUAUGUGAAAUUCUUCAGCCUGAGAACUUUGAGGCCCUCAAUCACAGCUUUUUGACCAAGACAAACUACUAUGGAUGGCAGGCAAAUGUCUGGUGUAGCAGUACCUGUGACCCAGAGGAACCAUAGAGGCCAUGAAACACAUGGCUAGGGCAACAAAUCCACCCAAAGAGGCCCCCACUGAAGCACUAAGGUCUUCACCGGGGCUAUCCCACCACACCAUCACAGCCCAUCACAAUCUGGAAUAGAGUUCAGAGUUAAACUGAUCCUUUUUUCUAACUUGACACCCUCUCUACCCAGGUCAAGCAUAAGUCUAGGAGGACCAGAAGGUCCACUGCACCCACUCCCAGCUUCCAGACACCUCUGGGGCACCAUCAGCAUUGACCUCACUUCAGACCCACCCCACACCCAGAGGGUCCUAGAUACUCCCACCAGAAAGACUCUUCAAGUCCUGCACUGACUGCCUCCUCCAGUACACACUUCCAUCUGUACUUUCCAUUGCACCCCUUCCCCAUUAAUCAAAGGACUCUCCCAUCUCCAUGGACUGCCUGGUGGCUCUCUCUCCGUGCUGCAGCUACCAUUUGUACCCUGGAAGACACAGCUCAAAAUCAUGUCCACACAGCCUCCUGUCUACUGCACACAGAGUGAUCAUCCUCAGACUGAGUGGAUUAAUGAAUCUGAGAGGGAUGUCUUCUUAACUCCUCCUCCUGCAAGCCACAAAGCUGGGGCCCCUAACGUCAUGAGCUCCAUGAGAACAACCACUUGCUACUCCACCCAGAACACUUUCGUUCGACCAUGCCCCUGCCUCUGCCAGUACUGCUGUCAUCUGAACAGCUUGCUAGUUCAGAUAGAGGAGUGAUAGGCUACUUGAGGACCUCCAGGAAAUCUGACUCCAAGAAACACCCACCUAAGUGAAGGUCUAUAGGCCUGCCACCUGGCUGUCUCAAGGUACCAGAUGCCACCAGUCCUGUGGCCUUCUGGGCCCAGCAACUCCCAGUCACAUAAGUUCUCCCCACCUUUCACUGAUAACUUGUGGUGUCUGUGUACCCAGUGCCUUAUCCUUCUCUCCAGCCCACAGGUGCAUACACAUACGCACCCCACACAUUCUCAGUACCCACCUCUGACUACCUAUUACAGGCAACCUCUGCAUGCCACCCAAGAGGCACUGUCUCAGUACCUCAGCCAGCUCCUAUCCCUGGUUUUCCCAUGUUAGAAAAAGCCCAGAACAUACCUGUCACCAGAAAAAUCCAGGGAAGUCCCAUUCCACUCUACUUGCUGUUAGAGGAUGGGGGCAGGGGCUGCCCCACCCCCUUGCUCUUUUAUUGAACUGACAAUUCUCAAAGAUAAGUUACAGCACAGAAACGCCAGCCACAGACAACAAAAUCUGUGUCUAUUAUUUGUGAAAGUUGGACAAUGAAUAAGGAAGACCGAAGAAGAGUUGACACCUUUGAAUUGUGGUGUUGGCAAAGAAUAUUGAAUAUACCAUGGACUACCAAAAGAACGAACAAAUCUAUCCUGGAAGAAGUACAACCAGAAUACUCCUUAGAAGCAAUGAUGGCAAGACUGCAUCUUACAUACUUUGGACACGUUGUCAGGAAGGAUCAGUCCCUGGAGAAGGACAUCAUGCUUGGCAGAGUAUAGGGUCAGCGGAAAAGAGGAAGACCCUCAACAAGAUGGAUUGACACAGUGGCUGUGGCAAUGAGCUCAAGCAUAACAACGAUUAUAAGGAUGGCGCAGGACCGGGCAGUGUUUGGUUCUGUUGUGCAUAGGUUCGCUCUGAGUCGGAACCGAGUCGAUGGCACCUAACAACAACAUUAUCUGUGAAUUUUCCUAGGAUGGAUCUGCUCCCUCAAUAUAUUUUUCCUUCCUUUUAUUUCUCAGAUUCUGGUUUCCUGAUUUUCCUCUUCUGCAUCUCAUGAUAUUUUCCGACACUCCUUAUUUGACUUUUUAACCCCUUCGUGGCCCGUAGUACAUAUAACAACCAGCUACAUUUUUCACCUGCAGGGUUUACUGGGGAGCUGUACCCCACUUACAGUGCGUGUUGCUGCAAGGCACGGACCUGUAUGGCAGUUUGAACUGGAAGAAACGGGCCUGUGCUCCGAAUUACUUUUUUUCCCGGGUAUUGUAUGAGGCAGUGCUGAAUCAAUGUUUUUGGUAUGAAAAAUACAGAUUUUGAUAAAAAGUUAUUUGGAACAUAUAUGACCCACUGAACUCUGGGGGGUAGAAUUAGUGGUACACCUGUGUACCUCUGGACUCUGCGUGUAGGGCUGGUGGAAUGAGGCAAGAAAAAAAUUCACAGUACAAACCAAAAAUUCAAACACACUCAGUGAUUCCUUAUGCAUUCCAUUAAUGAAAACACAUGGUAUCAACAAAAAAUUCCAAGGAGAAAAUAGUUGGGUCUUGAAAGAACAAGUCAGCAUCCUCACCAACCUUGCUGCCCUGAUUCAGCACCAUCUCAUACAAUACACUGUAAAAAAGGCACUUUGUGGCACACACCCAUUUCUUCCAGCUCUGCAAGCUCCCUUCAUGUUGUUGCACCAUCCCACCUGCCUCACCAAAGGAGCAGGCUGACUUGUUCUACAGCAGUGCUUCUCAAACUUUAACGUGGAUAGGAAUCGCCCAGGGAUCUAGUUAGAAUACAUAUCCUGAAUCAGAAGUUCUAGGGUGGAGCUCAAGACUCUGAAUUUCUAUUAAGCUCCCCGUGACGCAGAACGUGCUGGACUGCAGGGAUGCUACUGAACUGCAGACUGCUUUGAGUACCAAGGUCUUAGGUCUGACCUGCUACAAAACUGGCACUUCCUACCUGUGACCUCCCACCCCACUUUCACUACCACCUAUGGGAGAGGACAGUGCUGGAGGUUGGUGAUGACCAACGCACAGCCAGGGCACCCCAGAUAUAAAGGCGGUUUGUUAGCAUGAGCUGCCCUGCUACCCAGUACUCUCUCACAAAGUUGCUCCACCUGAUGAAGGCACUAGCCUUGUUCCUUGGAACUAGUUUCAACUCAAGGGUACAGAAGUGGAAAGUAGGUUCUGUAACCCUGUAAAUUUCCUGCGGUUUUUCUUCCUCCUCCCCUAGUACCUCUUUUUCACUGUCCUCCCCACUCUUUCUAUCUCAAGACCUUAAGCUCUGGGUUGGAAAUACCAACUCUGUCAUAACCUUGGGCAAGUUUUUCUCAUCUGAGCCUAUUUUCUCACUGGGAUAAUGUGACUAUUAAAUAACAUAUUCUGUUUUGAGUCUAUGUUGUUGUUAGGUGCUGUCAAAUCAGUUCCCACUCACAGCAACCCUAUCUAUGUACAACAGAAUGAAACACUACCGGUCCUGCCCCAUCCUCACGGUAGUUAUCCUUUAGCCCAUUGUUGUAGCCACUGUGUCAAUUCAUCUCCUUGAAGGUCUUCCUCUUCUUCGCUGACCCUCGAGUUCAUGGCAAUGGAAACAUGGCACUGAUUAAGGGUAAGAGUUGUACAGCCAAUUAAUGUAAUUGAUGUAAGUUGUACACUGUAAAAAGUAGAAUUGGCAAAAAAAAAAAAAAAGAUACUGUGUAUGAGACGUUCAUAA